AUGCACAAUGCCUAUGAUGCACCAUCAGCAGCACAGAAAAGCCUAGCGCACAGAUCGCCAUUCCACCUUCCCAACUGCAUCCCAUUCAACGCAGAUGAAGUCACUUCUGCUUCCUGCCCUCACGUAGCAGGGCGGGAGCAGGUGGGGGUUUGGGGGUGCAAGGAUCGUGGGUGCGGGGUCCGGGCGGCAUCGCGAGGGCAGGGAGGGAGGUGGUGCCCGGGAAGGGUGUAG